CUAGCUGCAGGGAGUGGCUGCCUACUCUACAGUACACCCUCUGUGAUAAAAGCCACCCUUGAUUUGGCACCCUUAUUUUUGUGUAUUUGGCGAUAUGUGAUGAUGGGCGCUCACCCGCACAGAACAAUCAGCACUCCAGCCAUCCUGGAGGCCAUGUCCUGGGACUCCAUCCCCUCCAGGGACUACCUCAGCGGCACAAGCCACCAGCUGUCGGCAACAGCCCUGCUGCCAUCGCCAGACGGACCACCCCUGCCGCGGCCACACGAGCUCUUCCAGUUCCGCGAGGACAACAUCGAGGCCAAUGGUCACGGCAUUUUUGACUGCUUUUUUGCGUGUCGCCGAAAAUUAGAACAGGGCCUAGCAAGAGGAAGGGUUGAACAAGGCCUAAAAUUGUACAAUCAACACAAGCAGCAGGCUGCAGUUGCUAAGUGGAAAAGCGCCCUGAAGCGGAUUAGAAAAAGAGAAGAUAAAUUUUUGCUGCUCGGAUACUUAUACCAGGCCUACAUGGACUGGGGAAAAUUUAGAGAGAGUCUGGAAUUUGCUCAUCGGCAGUUAGGCGUGGCGGAGGAGACGGACUCCGCCAGCUUCAGGGCCGAGGCGUACCUCAACCUGGCGCGCACCCACGAGCGGUUGGGCGCGUUGGAACGCGCCAUGGCCUACGCUCGCCACUCACUGUACAACGAGUGCGACCAGUGCAAGGUGGCGGGACACGUGCAGCUGUGCGUGGGCAACGUCAACACGCAGCUCGCCAGUUUCUGUCCCGCGCUGGAGGCCUUCCAGCAGGCUCACAAAAUUGCUCAAAGCACCAAAGACCCCGCACUUGAAUUACAGGUUUACGUCGGUUUAUCCGAGUUGUUUGCUCGUCUGCAGGACGCGGAGAAAAGCGCCAAGUACGCGAGCAAAGCCUACGACCUGUCGCGCAGUCUGCAGCUGGGUGACCUGAACAGCAGGCACCACAGGGCCGCCCUUCUACAGAUGGCCGCUGCGCUGCGCAAACAGGGCGAACUCGGCGACGCGCAGGACUAUUGCUCAGAGGCGACGCGCCUCUCGCUCACUUCUGGCGACCAGGCCACCUACGCACGCAGCAUCCGCGUAAUGGGGGACAUUUUCCGCAAAAAAUGCGACAUCAACAGGGCUUUUAAACAGUAUGAACUAGCACUAGGACUGAGUUCGAGCCUGGGAGACCGCCUCAGUCAAAUGGAGACCAUGGAAGGCAUGGCAAAGUGCUUGGAAGCUUUAAGGCUGCAGAGGCGCAUCUGCAACUGCCGCCCAUUGGAGUUCAACUCAAAGUUACUCGAGCUGGCCUCGUCCAUCGGCGCAAAGCUGCUGGUGCGGAACGUGCGUGAGCGGCUGGCCCGGAUCUACUGCAACCUGGGCGACGAGGAGCAGCAGGCGCACCACGAGCGUCUGGCGGCGCAGCUUGACGCCGAGCUGGAGCUGGUGUGCGGCGCGUGCAACCUGCCGUACGGCGGCGAGGCGGACAGUCUGGAGGCGCUGCCGUGCGCGCACAUCCUGCACGCGCGGUGCGCCUACGAGCUGCUGCGGCGCGGCAGUCGGCGCCGGCGGCCCCGCCAGUGUCCCGAGUGCCAGCGGCUGGUCAGCUCGCGGCUCUACCUGUGCUGCGACGAGGCGCGCCGCUCCACCGUCAGCCUCCGCUCCAGCCCCAGCCUGGCCAGUCUGCGCUCGUACACGCAGCAGGCCACCUCGUCCGUGUGAUUCAUGCUCAACCCACCCCGAAAGUCUUUCCGUCCCUUCGCAAGCCAGCCCGCUCUCGCCCCGUCCUCCAGCCGAAUUAACCUUUUCGCGGCGCCACCACUUGAUCGUCACCUUUUUUCGCCGCCUAGCUCCACUAUUUGCACCUAAUUGCUUUAACUCUGUCGUCUUUUAACACACUUUGAGAAAUAUUUGCCCUUUUAUGCUCAGCAAGUAAAAUAAUUUUUUUAUUCAAUAUAAUUUUAAUGCAAUUGUAUUAAUCAUUGAAUUCUCAAGCUAUGAUUUUUUAAACGAAUUUUGUUAUUUUUUUUUGUCUUGAACCUUAGCUUUAACUUGUUUUCCUUGAGAAAAUUUCAAAAUAAAAAUUAUUUUUAAAUCUAAAUCUUUGGUCCUGAAAAAGAAAAGGAUAUUUUUACCCUUAUUACAUCUCCGGUGCAUCUUCUUUCAGCACGACCAAAAUUAUAUUUUGAUUAUUAGUAUUUCUUUCUUAAAAACCGAAAUUUAAACUGAAAUUUUUAAUUUUUUACACUCCUUAUGCAAUUACUUCACUUAGUGAAUGCUACAAUUUAUAAAUAAAACUAACACGCUGAAGCUAAUCGCGUCACCACUAAUUGUCCUUGCUUAAUAAUGUAAAAAUGAUGUUGAGUCAAAAACGCUGGAUUUACGCUGCAUAAUUAUAUUAAAAUCAAUUAAAUUCAUAUUGAAAGGUGCAACAUUUUUAAGCUUGAACGUUUCUUAAAAUCAUUUGACCAUCUAUAAUCUUUGUGAAUUAACUUGUAUUCAAUUUUAUUAGCUGAAAAUAGUUAUUGAAUUUGAACAUUUGCGCGGUUGAAAAUCAUAUCAAGUUUAACAGAGUUUAAAACAAAGCAAAUAAAAACCGAAGAUUUUUUAAAACGAGAAGACGAGCGGCAACGGGCAAUGGCUAACGAGGGACGUUACUCACACUCAAUUAAUUAAUUAUUAACAAACUACUUAUUUACUACUCACUGUUGUAUUGCGUGUUUCCACCAAUAAAAAAAAUUAAUUACACACUCGAUCACACACAUACGCAGCAAACGACACACAAACACACAUGACGAAUUCUCACACACACACAAAUUACACGAAAACAUUAACAUACCACACACACCACCA